GCUCGUAAUUGGACGACACGGUCGAAAUUGCAACGACCAUGCCCUGCUUCCCAUAUUUUAUUUCAUAGUAGCCUGCGCAUACUACUGACACUCCUUCAGCGAUACCCAUGGCCGUAAAGGAUCUUGUCGGUCUGUUCGAGGCUCAAAGUUCGGAUUCCUCACCCCAGGUCGCAACUCGUAGGCGCACGAAGUCUCCUCCACCCAAUACCCUACCGCGGUCUCCCGCUAGAUUUGUGAAGCAUCCAUUGCUUCCUAGGCGCGAAGAUACUCCAGAACUGUCAGGAGAUCUUUCAAAGGAUAAAACGUCUCGUUCAUCCGGAGAACCAUGCAGCAAUCAGAAUCCGACAACUUCUCAUGGCUUUGCCACGACUAUCGCAACUUCACACUAUUCACAUAUGGAUACCCCAGAUACCACACGGAGUGUGGCUUAUGAAUAUGAAAAGACUUCCGAAGAGACGAGCGAUGUGACGGACGAGCUUCUGCAUCAUUCGGAGGAUAGUCUCCAAAUGACAAGUCGUUGGAAUAGUACCACCGUUGCAGGAAGUACAGGAGCUGAAUAUGAAAUGCGUUCUCUUUUGCAUGCGCCCACAAUAACGCCAGGGGAAUCCUAUUCAUCGCAUACAAUUCGCCCGCGUUCGCCAUUUCGCUUGUUGAAGAGCGAAACGUCUUCACUGAUAUCGGCGACCACCAUCACUGCCGUUCAGACUUCCACUUCUAAUCAGCUAUUGAACAGUUCUCUAGGAGCGCAUACACCUAUUGCAGCUACGAUAAUAUUCGCUCGUUCAGCCAUGCCAUUAUCUCUCCCUGCCCUUGACCGCUAUAUCUCACGACUGCCACCGCCUUCACUACCUUCCGUACCUUCUUCCGGCAAGGGGAAAGGCAAGGAUAUCUGCAUGUUUCCACCAAUGGAUCGACUUGCAGCUACCGGACGAACGCUUGAAGAUCUGGAGACCAAUUCUUCAGUUGCUCCUGGUUGGAGAAAUCGCAACACAAUCCUUGGUGCGUUGGUUCGGGGCACCCUUGGAGUUACGGGAUCGAGUGCUUUGGCGCCGUUCUACAGCCUACAUGGCCUGUUUGAUACAAUACAAAUAUUUGCGCUGAUUCUGAACACCAUCGCCCCUCAUGGAAAGGAAACCUCUGACCACUGGCGGAAGCUGAUUUUAGGCACGAUACCCAAUAUUCUUGCUUUGAACCUUGCCACAAGCACAGUUCUUUCGCUUGUUCUGCUUCUCAUAUUCAUGUUCAUUUCUGGCGCGUUGCUGUAUUACUUCCAUCGAUCUACCUCUCUUUGUUGUCGUCUCGGCAUUUCAGAAGGGCUCCAGCAAUCGCCCCACCUUGCUAGCAACUGGGGUCUGCUAAUCGCCACAUUCAUCCUGACAGUGUUAUACUUGCCGCUUAGCACAAUGGCGAUGCAUGUGCUAGUUUGGUCGGAGGAUUUAUGGGUUGUGCCGAAUCCGUAUGUGAACGCGACAUCCUAUCCUCCAGAAGUUUCACCCCUUGGUCCUCCUGAUGAAUUCCGCGACCCUUUGGACUUCUGCUGGACGACUACUAUGAAGCGUAACCAGAUUAACUUUGCUCCGAUUGUUAUAAUAAUUGCCUUCAUAUGCAUUGCUGUCAUGACUGUCUGGUUCCCGAUUCAUUUACGUCGUACAGUUAGGCUGGUCGCUCCUAAGGUUGACAAGUAUACUGAACUUGGCAUUAAACGAAACCAGAGUGAUAUGGACCGGGAAUAUCAACGUUUGUUGGCAAGAGACCGCAAUCCAUUGAAUUUCUUAUACAAUGAUUUUCGUAGGGGCUGGUCCACGUAUGAAUCUGUAGCCCUCUUGGCCAAACUCACAACCUUGCUCUUGACUGCCAUCGUCGACCCUGACAACUGCCUAUUUCGCUCUUUACCUCGCAACCGAGUAGCUGUCUCUCGCCAAAUUCUCCUCCUAAUCGCCAUGCUCGGCUUCUUUCUGCUUCAGUGCAUCCUUGCACCUUUCUUGGAUCCCGUGAACAAUGCUAGCGAAUGGACAUCUCGAGCUAAUUAUGUUGUUACUUCUGCUGUCUCACUCGGUGUCGCUUUGAAUAUACCCGGCAAGGAUGCACUGAACGGUCCUGUGUUGUAUAUAAUCUAUGUUGUAACUUAUGGACUGAGUUUUUAUUUUACUAUCAUUAACACUGGUUUCAUGCGCAGGAUUGUGAAGAGACUCGCACGUCGGAUAGACUUCAGCAUUGAUAUCUUCUCACCUCGAAUCGAUCUUUCGCCUGCAUCUAUUCACCCCAAGCGACGUAUAUGGCAGGAGGCGAUUACCGCUCUUUUCUUAACGAGCCCUGAGUGUGGAAUCCCCAACGAACAACACAUGCAUUAUGCGGAGGCUCGAGACUCUGAGUAUCCGCCAUAUCUUCUGGAUUUUGCUGGUACUCCUGGUGAACGUCAUGUCGAGAAUCUGAAGAUCCUUCGAGAAGCUGGCAAGUUGUCCUAUGCUCAAGGCGUAGCCCUUGUCCAUGGACCUGAGAAAGUUUGGUUCCAGCAGCUUGAAGAAACCAUACAACUGCACUUUGUCGGUCCUGAUUGCUAUUGGAGGGACCCAAGGGGGAUUCAGCCACGCAAUUGCACGAGGUUCUUUGGGAACGCAUGGUGGAUCCCGUUUCCUCCCACUUUGGUCCUUCGAUAUGAUGAUGGGCCCCUUGCUGUCUUGCGGGAUGUAAGCGACCUCGAACUCUACGUGAAACAGAAUGCCAGCCGCGACAUCAUGAGGAGACGUGAAGUUCGCAUGGCCCUACGUGCUUUAGACGGUAAAGUCGUUCAAUGGCCUUACGAACAUAUUCAAUUGGUUGGCUCCCGUUGGCCUUCCUUGUGUUCACGUCGGCGCUAUCGGGCGCACACUGCUGUUCUUUUCCGCUCAGCCCUAUUCAGUCUUAACCGUCAUGGUCAGCUACUUUGGGAGGACCAGGAUUUCGGAAGUGGUUUCGAACUUAAGCUGGAAUAUGCGAAGAAUGUCACCCUGGACGGGACGGUUAUUGGACUCAACGAAGACUACGACCUGACGACACCUCUGGCUCGUUUCUUAGUACUUAACGAGGCCCUGAUUACCGAGCCCUUGUCCCAUUUAGAGGCUGCCCUGGCAAGAUAUCGACAUAACAACCGACAGGAAUGCCUCUCAAAGGCGGAGACACUGACAUAUCGCUUCCUCACGCACGUCUAUGAUGUCAUUCGUGAGCCUGAUGGUCUGGCACAAAGUUCGAUUGAGUUCGAGAGGGACUUGAGGGUGCGACAACUUAUGGUUGGGAGCGAGAUGGUGUUCGAAGCUUCAUAUGCCCGUUUCUCUGCGGUCACUAAAUCGGAGGUUGCAACCUGGUGGUAUAUUUUCUGGGAUGAUCUGUGGAGGCGCAAUUACGACACUAUCAGUGGCAUUAAGAAAUACGCAUCUGAUUUCGACCCCCACUAUCCUACUUCAAUCGCCUACAUACCAUUGCCGAGGGCAGCGCUGGAAAACUUUUUGACCCAAAGGGGCCUGCUACACCGCAAACCGAAGUUUGGCGACUUCUUCCAUGCUGGCUUCCUCAACAAGAUCUAUAUCCGCAUGUAUGACAUUGUGUUUCAUUCAUCCAAACGUGCUGAUAUUAUACACAUUGGUGACGAUUCCUCGGAACUCAACAUGGAAGAGGUUGAUCUCCAGACUCAAGCUCGCCCUUCUACUCUGGGGACAGGUGGCGGUACUGACCAUGACGAUGAGUCAAUUCGGGCUCGACCUCUAUACCGGUGGGAGGGCAUUCUUACCGAUAAACUCAGCCAACAUGAAAGGUAUCACCCAGACUUCCUCUCUAAGUUGGGCGUAUGGUUCGGCGUCUCACCGCGAUGGAGAGCGGGAAUGCCUUCUCGAGGUCUUGCUUUGGACGUACGUGUGGAGAAUGGACGCUAUGUUCUGUUGCGUGACGAUGCCAGUACUCCUUCAGUCUACGGUUCUGUCCAGAAAGGUAGUCAUGAUAAAGCCUAGCCUUUGAAGUUCGACCUCGUUGCGACUUACUGUACUUGUCACUUACAUAUUUUUACGACUACUAACGAAUAUGCUGUGAACUUCGUGUUCAGGAU